UCUUUGCUUGUCUUCCUUGUUCUUAGUCUUUACUCUUGUUGUGCUUGUGUUCCUUCAAUAGUAUGUAGGAGUCCCAUAAAUUUCUUUGGUUGGCAAGAUAGGUCUGGACUGGAUUAGGGGCGUUGAAGUUCAUGGAGGUUUAAUAUGUUCUAAUCUAGAAAAGUUCUUGAAAUGGAAACUGAUCACCUGCAAAAUAUGUAAAUAAUUUUUUUCUUAGAAUGGUGCCUCCAUGGUUGCUCCCUUUCUUAAGAGUAUGCCAUUACUGUAACUUAUUUUGUUGGCAAGAGAGGACUGGAUUAGAGUGUGCAGUUCACGGAGUUCGUGUGUCAUGAAACAAGCCUAUCCAUCUUCACUUCUUCAGUUGAAUGAUGUAAUUCAAACACGUGGGAUUUUUGAAUUCAAUGGAUUCCAGAAGAUGUAGUGAAAUAAAAUAAUAGAAGAUUAGAAAUCUUCAUGUUUGAAAAACAAAAUAGAAGAAGUCCUUGGCAAAAGCUGCCAGCCUGUCUUAAUGUUGACCUUCAGGUAGGAUGUGUACAGAAGAAUAUAAUCAGCUAAAUUCUAGAUGGUCAACUUUAUUUUCAGUCCUAUGAAUGAAAAUUUGUUCAGCAAUCAACACUUGUCAAUUUUGAGGACUUAGUAUAGUAUUUCAUGUUGACACUAUGGAUGUAUCUGUUUUGCGAUCAUGCCCCUCAAUCUGCAUCGUAAGUGAUUGUUAACAGAUCAGCACAUUAUGUUUGUGGUGCCGAGGUAUGAACUUGCUACCUUACAUUUACCUUUCACAAUGGUGUAUUUUUUACUGUUCAUGUGGAUAGACUCUAGAAAUGCUGGAGAAGAAAGAGCGUUUCCUUCAGAAGAAGUGUUCUGCUGAAAUCGAGAAGGCUAAGGAUUAUACAAAAUCGAAGAACAAGAAUGCUGCAAUUCAGUGUCUAAAGAAAAAGAAGCUGUACGAGACACAAAUUGAACAGCUAUCAAAUUUUCAAUUGCGAGUUCAUGACCAGAUUAUAAUGCUUGAAAGUGCAAAGGCAACUACCGAUACUGUUGGUGCUUUGCGCUCUGGAUGAUCUGCUGUCAAAGCUAUUCAGCA